UGUGCAGGCUGUAGAGUGUAGAAGAGAGAAACAGUAAGGGGUUUUAAGUGAUUGCUCAACAAUGGCUACCAUCAUAGUCCCUGAUCACACUUCUCCUGUUGAAGAUGCAGAGAACCUCAGAAAGGCUUGCGAGGGAUGGGGGACCAAUGAGAAUACCAUUGUUUCAAUACUCGGGCAUAGAAAUGCAGUUCAAAGGAAACAAAUCAGGCAGGCUUAUGAGGAGAUUUAUCAAGAAGAUCUAAUUAAGCGACUUGAAUCCGAACUCAAAGGGGAAUUUGAGAAAGCUGUAUAUCGCUGGAUACUAGAUCCUGCAGACAGAGAUGCAAUCUUGGCUCAUGUAGCUGCUAGAAAUGCAAAGUCUGACAAUCGGACGAUCAUUGAAAUUGCUUGCAUUCGAUCUCCCGAGGAACUCUUGGCGGCGAAACGGGCCUACCAUUUCCGCUACAAGCAUUCUCUGGAGGAAGAUGUCGCCUCUCGUACUACAGGCGACUUCCGUAAGCUUCUAGUUGCCUUAGUGAGCACUUACAGGUAUGAUGGUGAUGAGGUAGAUGUGAGCCUAGCUGGAUCAGAAGCCAAAAUUCUUCAUAAUAUGAUUGAAGGGAAAUCCUUUAACCAUGAAGAGGUAAUCAGAAUCUUAAGCACAAGGAGCAAGGCACAGCUCAAUGCAACCUUCAACCGCUACAAGGACACACAUGGAGCUUCCAUUACCAAGAGUUUAUCAGGUAAUCCUGCUGAUGAGUUCUCUGAGGCACUAUGUAUAGCUAUCCAAUGCAUCAGAUCACCUCAAAAGUACUUUGAAAAGGUUCUGCGUAAUGCAAUUAAUAAGGUAGGAACUGAUGAAGAUGCAAUUACGCGUGUGAUUGUAACACGUGCAGAGAAGGACUUGAAGGACAUCAAGGAUUUAUAUCACAAGAGAAACAAUGCAUCUCUUGAGCAUGCAAUCAGCAAGGAUACUUCAGGCGACUACAAAAUUUUCCUCCUUACUUUACUGGGGUGCGAAGAGCUGUAACUCUGUUGUCCAAAUGUGUGGAAAAAAUUGUUAAAUCUGGAUUCUGUGGUUUGAGAAUUGGUGUCUGGUUUGUGGGGUUUAGUUUCUAGGCUACUGGGAAAGCAUUUUGCUUUCUGGGUUGUUAAAUGGUAACGAGUGCUGAACUUUGGUGUGCAAAUAAUCCUAUGAUUUCCAUUACUCCUGCUCUGUUUCUUCCCUAGUUUCUGAGUGUCUUAGAUCAGAAUCUUGCUUGAUGUUUACCGGUUGGAACUCAGCUUUCUAAGAAAUUUUUAUGAUGUUGAUG